UUGAGGAAGGAGAUCUCAGUUUCGGGGGACUUCCGAAUUGGUGAGAGGACCUUCGGAUCGAAAUCCCUAGUUAAUAUACCCUCGGCCGCCGCCGCCGCUGCUGUCGCCGUAGCCUUUGCCGAGGGCCGCGUCCCCUUGUCUCCCGUGCCGUUCCAUCGCAGCCGCGCCUCGAUUUCUCCGUUUCCCCAUCAAUCCUGUCACCCUGUUUCCACGAAAAACCAAAAUUCGCCAUUAGAAGAUAAUGGCAAAGUUGGAGGAGAUAGAGACAGAGGAGCACGGGGAGACAACAAUGUCAAUCAAGAUGAGGAGGAAGAAAAAGAAAUACAGCAUUAUAAUCCCAACAUACAAUGAGCGUCUUAACAUUGCCCUCGUUAUCUACCUUGUCUUCAAGCAUCUCCAGGAUUUUGAAUUUGAAGUCAUUAUAGUGGAUGAUGGAAGUCCUGAUGGAACUCAAGAUGUCAUAAAACAACUACAGAAUGUAUAUGGCGAAGAUCGCGUUCUAUUACGAGCAAGGCCGAAGAAGCUUGGUCUAGGAACUGCUUACUACCAUGGUCUUAAGCAUGCAUCUGGAGAUUUCAUAAUAAUCAUGGAUGCUGAUCUGUCACACCAUCCAAAAUACUUGCCAAGCUUCAUCAGGAAACAGAUGGAAACUGGUGCAAGUAUAGUUACUGGAACCCGUUAUGUCCGAAAUGGUGGCGUACAUGGAUGGAACCUUAUUCGUAAACUGACUAGCAGGGGAGCAAAUGUGCUUGCACAGACACUCCUAUGGCCUGGCGUAUCGGAUUUGACUGGAUCUUUUAGGCUGUACGAGAGGAAAGCAUUUGAAGAUAUUAUAAGCUCUGUUGUAAGUAAAGGAUAUGUAUUUCAGAUGGAGAUGAUUGUUAGAGCUAGCAGGAAGGGGUAUCACAUUGAAGAGGUUCCGAUAACUUUUGUCGAUAGAGUUUAUGGAAGUUCAAAACUUGGCGGAUCCGAGAUACUUGAAUACCUCAAAGGGCUGGUUUAUCUGUUGAUCACUACUUGACAGGAGGAACAAAUUGUCUGAGUUCCUCACUUUGUUGGUAACAUUUGUAGAGCAUCCCUAAUUAUCAUUUGGUUCCUUUUUCAUGUAAAACAAGUCAAAGUGAACAUCAAAAUGAACUACUCAUUAUCAUUUGUAGUCCAUUGAUAAAGUUGAGUGACCAAAAUUUUGCAGCCUGCAUAUAUUUA